CCAACACCGCUUGUCAUAUAAGUCAAAGUCAAAUGUAUUUUUUUAUCUAUUCAUGUUUGUUUAUCGUCACCGAGAUAUUUCAAAAAUAAGAAUGCGUUUUUAGAUAUUAUUAUGAAAAUAAGAUGACAAACGAAACCAAAAUCCCCGAGGAAAUUUUAAAAGGUUUUCAAAUUAAUUGGAUUUGUCUAAGAGAUGCAGACGGUGGUAAAAUUUUCUGGCAAGGUUCUGAAGAUUUAAGUUUUCCCGAAGUGGAACAUGAAGCUAGAGUACCUAAAAACAUCCUCAAAUGUCGUGCAGUAUCUAGAGAGUUUAACUUUAGCUCCAAGGAACAGAUUGACAAAUUCAGGUUGGAACAGAAGAUUUUAUUUAAAGGAAGGUGUCUUGAGGAGUGGUACUUUGAAUUUGGUUUUGUUAUGCCAGAGUCGACAAAUACAUGGCAAUCUAUUAUGGAGGCCGCACCAGAGUCUCAAAUGAUGCCUGCAUCUGUAUUAAACGGCAAUAUAGUGAUUGAAACCAAAUUUUUUGAUGAUGAUCUCUUAAUUACCACAUCGAGAGUGCGUUUAUUUUAUAUAUAGAAUUAGAACUGUAUUUAUUUUGAACUAAGUGUUUAAAUUUAAGGUAUUUGUUAUGAUUAAAAUCACUUCGAUAUCAACUGAGGUAUAAGUAAUUGAAAUUUGUAAUUUUGAAUAAAUAAUUUGUAUAAAAA